AUGUGGGAUGCUACUUAUCCUAGGGACAGUGGAGACUUGAUGAAUGGGUUUACUUUCACUGUUGGCCGAGGAAGAAGAGGACUGAUCAUCCACGAGGGCUCCUCGGUGUAUCGAAUAUUCAAGAGGUCCAUACGCGGGGAGCUGCUGAGCCCAUGCCGCUGCGACGGGUCCGUCCGCUGCACGCACCAGCCCUGCCUGAUUCGCUGGAUCAGCGAGAGGGGGUCGUGGAGCUGUGAGCUGUGCUACUUCAAGUACCAGGUGCUGGCCAUCAGCACGAAGAACCCCCUGCAGGUGAGCGGGGGCAGCCCCGGCGGGGCGGCCCCCCGGCCCACGCCCGCCAAAUCACAGACAGCACACGCUCCGACAUGCCGCCUGCCACCGGGGAUCUCACCUCUGCCCCCCACUUCUCUCCCCCCAGGACUGAUCAUCCACGAGGGCUCCUCGGUGUAUCGAAUAUUCAAGAGGUGGCAGGCGGUGAACCAGCAGUGGAAGGUGCUGAACUACGACAAGACCAGGGACCUGGGGGAGCCGGUUGGCGGGGCCGCGGCCAAGGCCGGGGGCAGGAAUUCACGGACGAACCCCUCCUCGGGGAGGGAAAGGAACCCCCGGCGGGGGCAGCUGGGCAGGACUAUUUUGAACCUUCUGCACAUCCUCAGCCACCUGCGGCCGAACGAGCACCGCGGCGGCGCCAGCUCCGGCCGGGAGGUGGUCAUGAGAGUGACGACGGUAUAACGCGGGCGGCGGGGGCUGGCGCGAGGAGCAUCCCGGGGUAGGGCGCUCGCCAGCGUUCUCCGCCCCCCCUCCUCCGUCGCCACCUCAUCUUCCUACCCCGGGGACCGCUUUCCCCGUGGCUCAGCCUGCGCCCUGCUAACCUCCCAUCAAUGUGAAAAUGCCUGCGGUGGGGGGAAGAGACCGGGCUGGCCGCUUCCUACUGGCGUCCCUCGCAGCCCCUCCCUGAUUUCGGGGAUGGAAGAAGAUUGGGAUCAAGCCUCCUGGCUCCUCCAGCGACGACUGAUCCUGCGAGGGGCCAGGAAUUGAACGUGCUUACCUCAUCGUGGUUCAAACAAAACUCCAAUCCACCCAUCCCGCCGCGAGUCUCCGCCCGGGAGGCACGGAACGCCUCGUCCCCAAAAAAAGGUGCAAUAAACACGUUUCUAAAGCAAAAUGGGAUCCGGCAAUAAGAUACCUGUACAUUUCAUCUUUAAUUUAAUGCAUGAGAAUCUGUCUCCCCUUUUCCUUCUCUCCUAUCGUGGGAGGAUAAAGAAUCAUUUAUA